CAGUUUGAAAUAGUGUUGUCGAACGCUUUCAUGGCCGAAAUCACUGCGUUGCUUGCUGUGAAUUUUCCGAGCGGUAUGGCCAUGUUCCAGGAGCAUUCUGUCCUGACGUUUCGCCUACAUCUAUAGCAGGCAUCCCCAGAGGUUGUGAGGUCUGUUGGAAACUAGGCAAGGGAGGAUUAUCUAUCUGUGGAAGGUCCAGGGUGGGAGAAAGAACUCUUGUAUGUUUGAGGCAGGUUUGAAUGUUGCAAUUGGCCACCUUGGUUAGCAUUGAAUGGCCUUGUGGUUUUAAAGCCUGGCUGCUUACUGCCUGAGGGAAUCUUUUGUUGGGAGGUGUUAGCUGGACCACUCUGAACAACCACCAUGCCAUAGUACACAGAGAAGCAACUGAAAUCCACAAGCAUGUGGACAAUUUCAACAAAAAGGAGGAAACCAUGAAAAUGAACAAAAUUGGGCUACCAGUAUUUUAAAAACUCUAAAAUCAGGACAGCAAAUAAAGAACAACACUGAAAAUAGGGGGAUUCCAGACAAGAAAUAAUCUGGGCCAGUUAAGUCCUUCCAACAAAGGAUCCUCGCAGGCAGGAAGUAGUCAGGCUUUUUAAAUUAUUAUUACUAUUAUUAUUAUUAUUCCGAAUCCAGACUGACAAGGUUCUGGAACACGACACACCAGACAUCACAGUUGUGGAAAAGAAAAAGGUUCGAAUCAUUUAUGUUGCCAUCCCAGGUGACAGUUGCAUUGACGAAAAACAACAGGAAAAACUCAGCCACUAUCAGGACCUCAAGAUCGAAUUUCAAAGACUCUGGCAGAAACCAGUGCAGGUGGUCCCGGUGGUGAUGGGCACAUUGGGUGCCGUGCCAAAAGAUCUCAGCCGGCAUUUGGAAACAAUAGGCAUUGACAAAAUUACAAUCUGCCAACUGCAAAAGGCCACCCUACAGGGAUCUGCGCGCAUCAUCUGAAAAUACAUCACACAGUCCUAGACACUUGGGAAGUGUUUGACUUGUGAUUUUUUGAAACAAAAUCCAGCAUAUCUAUCUUGUUUGCUGUGUCAUGCAAUAAUAAUAAUAACUUUAUUUUUGUACCCCGCCUCCAUCUCCCCGAAGGGACUCAGGGCGGCUUACAUGGGGCCAAGCCUGGAAAAUCACAAUAAACAGAAUAAAACACAUCAAAGUAAAAAUACACAAUUAUACACAUUAACAUAGUAAAAUUAAAAUGGUGACCAUAGUAUAGUUAAAUAUAAUUUAGACACCAGAGUAAAAGUCAUCAAAACGAGCUGGGUCAAAGUGUGCAGAGUGAGCGUUGUAAACACAGGGGUGGAGGUAGAUGACUAAAGUGCUACAAUCAAUAAGAGACUUGGAAUGGGAUGAACACUCGGGCUAUUUCCAACUGAUGGAAUAAAGUAAAGUGCACCAGAUAAAGUUAUGGCCACUGGUACGGGAUCUAUCAUGAGGAUGAAAAAUUCAUUUCUCCAAAAGCAUGCUAGGUUUUUAAACUUUUCCUAAAACGAACAGGGUGGGGCCUUGCCUAAUUUCAGCUUUGAAGCUGCAAGGCUGUUCAAUGCUAAUCAAGGUGGGAAAUUGCCACAUUCACACUUUCCCUAAACAGACAAUAGUUAUCUCUGCCACCAUGGACAUUCCGCAGAUAUAUAACUUACCUAGUUUGCAACAGACCUCACAACCUCUGAGGAUGCAUGUCAUAGAUGUAGGUGAAAUGUCAGUAGAGAAUGCUUCUGGAACAUGGCCAUACAGCCCAGAAAACUCACAGCAAUCCAGUGAUUCCGGCCAUGAAAGCCUUUGACAACACAUUGUCCUACUUUAGUUGUGUGUGCCUACACUGGCAAUAGGAAAAAUAUCUGUUGUUCCCUAUUAAAAAAACCCCUCCUUGAGCAAAACAGUGAGAAAAGCACCAAAGCCUACCUUUUAAAAAGUAUAGAUCUGUAAACAUGGAUACCAAAAUAGAACUCAUAUCAAAAAACAGAAACUAGUGAAAGAAAGAAAAAUAAUCAUCCCUGGUUGAGUUUUGUAAGAAGCUUUUGACAACUCACAUAAUUCCACAGCAUUGAGCCAUGGCAAUUAAAGUGACGCCAAACUGCAAUAAUUCUACGUAGCCUGAAUCUACAUAGGAUAAAUUUAGCAUUAUAAUGAAAGAAUCUCUUUUAUAGCACACUGCUAUGUAUGUACCCAGCCUUGCAUUUAAGAGUUAAUGCCCGAAUGCUUCAUUGUUGUCCACAUUCCACCUCCUUAUUGGUAGUGGUUGCUAUAAUCUCUUUAAUCUCAGUUUCUCCCCAUAAAUACAGCCUUCCUGCAUGAUUUGCUUUGUUUGUGAGUUUCAUGAUACACCAGGCACUUAUGAAGCCCGCAAUGAUUAUGAAGAUCGUCCCAGAGGUCUGAAACAAUGGCUGUGCUUAUAGACUUUCUAAUACUCACGGCUAGAGUAUUUGGAUACAUCCUCCAGGCUUUGCUUCAGUGGAUAAAGAAGCCCGCGGAGAAGAUAGUUAGAAAUGAAAUCUGCUUGAUAACCGGCACAGCCAGCGCAACUGGGAUUGGGAGGCUUUUGGCACUGGAGUUUGCCCGACGGGGAGCAACGCUCGUCUUGUGGGAUACUGACACCAAGGGCAACGAAAACACAGCGAGGGAAGUCUGCAAGCUGGGCGCCAAGGCCUACGCUUACACUUGCGAUGUGAGCCAGAGAGACCUGGUCUAUGCUGCCGCUGCCUCUGUGAGAAAAGAGGUGGGAGAUGUCUCCAUUGUGGUCAACAACGCUGGCAUCGUAGCUGGGAUGCCCAUCUUACAGUGCCCUGAUGGACAGAUGGAAAGGACCAUGAGGACCAAUUGCCACGCUCACUUUUGGACAGUCAAGGCUUUCCUCCCGCAAAUGAUCAAGAGAGAGCAUGGGCACAUUGUGACAAUUGCUGGAGCACUUGGUCUGUUUGCAACUGGUUGUCUGGAGGACUACUGUGCCAGCAAGUUUGCUGCAGUGGGAUUUCACGAAGCUCUUAGCCAUGAAUUGAAAGCCAAGAGAAUCAACACUGUGAAGACUACUCUAGUGUGUCCUUACUUCAUCGACACAGGAACGUUUAAUGGCUGUGGAGUCAGGCGAGAACUGAAAGCCUUCCUUUCUCCUAUAAGCACAGGCAAUUUUGUGAAAGCAGCCAUGCGAGGCAUACUUCAUAAUCAACAUAUGAUCUGUGUCCCCAGAGUCAUUUAUUUUGGAGCCAUUUUGAAAAAUCUCCUUCCUUGGGAUGUACAAGUUCUCAUUCAAAAAUUCCUAGGACUGGACAGAUGUGUUCCUCAAAAAGCAGUGCAGUAAGAAAGAUGGUCCCUUUUUAGAGACCACCUGCAGCGACAUUUCUUGUUCUUCAUCCAAAAUAAGAACAGUUCGAUAAACCCUAAGUUUUGGCUUAAAAGUCGAAUUGGAUCGUUCCGAUUUUGAACAGGGGAGAUCUACCUACACGCAAGGACAUACUUGCUUUCGGAUGCAAAACAAAUAUGAUUGGUAAUUCCUUUGAAGGUUUGUUCUGUUUUAUCAAGCCAAAUAGUGUUUAGGGUGUUCUGCUGUGACCUAACAAAAUGGCACUGCAAAUAGAAACAUCCUAUUAUGUUGUUUUCGGAUCCAUUUAGUUUCAAUAUCACAUUGCAUUCAGUGCUAUCUUCUAAUUCCUCCCAGAAAACUGGCUUGAUAAAUCUAUUCAUUUUGUGAAUUUAGCUUUCUAUCACUGCAGAGAUAAUUGAAUUCAGGUGAAUGAUAUCGUGGCAGCCUAUAUCCGUGGCUCUAAUGUACAAGUAUUGGAUUAUGUAUUAAUUCUCUUGAUAACACUUCUGUAUUGACUCCUUUCUACACAGUUCACUUUAAUUGCCAAGAUGGAAAGUAGAAAUAUAGCUCACAAAUGUAGGAAGUUUUUCCUUUGUGUCUGGAAUUGCUGCAUUGUUUUGUUGUUAUGGUUCUGUUUUAAAUCAACUUGAACACACACUGAACAGGAAAGGGCAAUUUCAAAAUACAUUAAAUAAUAAAGCUUAAUUACGAUAAAUAAUAAAGAUGGAAAUUUGCGAUAGUAACCAUACAUCUUUGCAUCUGAAACAGAACAUAUUCCCUGGACUUUAUCAAGGAAGUAAAUAAAACAGCUAUAUAUUUUCUA